UCAGCUGUCCCGCCCCGUCGGAUAGGUCCCUGAGCCAGAUAGGUCCUUGAGCUCCCUUCUCGACCGCCAUGCCGCCAACAGACUACCAGGAGGUUAAAGAGAAGGUGAAGAAGUUUCUGACGGACUUCUACCAGGACGGGGAGGAGGGGAAGGAGUUCACCUAUGCCCAGCAGCUGACGGCCAUUGCUCACAGGGAGCAGGUGGAACUGACUGUGAACUUGGACGAUGUCGCCGAGAUUGACCCCGAGUUAGCUGAGGCAGUAGUUCAAAACACAAGACGCUAUGUCUCCAUCUUCAGUGAGGCAGUUUCGGAACUUCUCCCUGUCUACAAACAAAAAGAGGUCAUGGCAAAGGAUGCACUUGAUGUUUACAUCGAGCACAGGUUGUUGCUACGGCAACAGCAGCGAGGCGACUCCACCCCCUUGGACCCCCGGAACUCCUACCCUCCGGAACUAAUCCGCAGAUUUGAACUCUAUUUCAAGCCCACCUCCCGCACCCACACUCUCUCUGUACGACAGAUCAAGGCCGACAGUAUCGGUCGCCUCGUCACGGUGAGGGGCAUCGUUACUAGGGCAACCGAGGUGAAGCCCAUAAUGACCGUGGCAACAUACACAUGUGAUCAGUGUGGGGCUGAGUCAUACCAACCGAUUUCCUCUCCAUCCUUCACACCACUGGUGAUGUGUCCCAGUCAAGAGUGCCAGAGAAACAAGUCAGGAGGUCGACUCUACCUCCAGACUCGCGGGUCAAAAUUCAUGAAAUAUCAAGAAAUCAAAAUCCAGGAAAACAAUGACCAGGUUCCGGUGGGGAACAUUCCUCGCUCCAUGACGGUGGUUGCCCGCGGCGAGAGGACUCGUCUUGCCAUGCCGGGAGACCACGUCGCUGUUACUGGCGUAUCCUCUCCUCACCUCCUACUCCAUCUCCUCUCCCCACUCCCAAAGGGCCUUACUUUUCGUUCUUUUUGCAAGAGCAUGGGGGGUAAAGACAGGUCAACCAACCAUCCCGAAUACCUUGACUAUAGCUGGAGUAUGCAGCAACAACAUUCAUUUCAUCUCUAUUUUCCAAAAGACUGUCUGGUAGACACUUGUUCCUUGACUUGCGAUGUGACAGGUAUUUCUCCCAUUGGCAAAGACAGGCUUCAGACAGAUGACACAAGGUCUCCUCUCUGAUACAUUCUUGGAGACCCACAAAAUAACUCGCGUGAAGAAAAUGGACGAAGAUGAAGAUGAAGCAACUGAGAUAACGGAAGAGGAACUAUCGUCUCUCUCACAAGAGGAGGAUUUCUACGAGAAGCUGUCGCAAUCUCUGGCACCAGAGAUCUACGGUCACGAGGACGUGAAAAAGGCUCUCCUUCUCCUGUUGGUGGGCGGAGUCGACUGCACCCCGCACGGAAUGAAAAUCAGAGGUAGUAUCAAUGUUCUACUGAUGGGUGAUCCAGGAGUGGCCAAAAGCCAGCUGCUGUCCUACAUCGACCGUGUGGCUCCACGAAGUCAGUACACGACAGGGCGGGGCAGCUCGGGCGUCGGUCUGACAGCUGCCGUGAUGAAAGACCCCGUUACCGGGGAGAUGACCCUGGAGGGUGGGGCUCUUGUUCUCGCUGACCAGGGAGUCUGCUGCAUCGACGAAUUUGACAAGAUGUUGGACGGAGACCGAACCUCCAUCCACGAAGUCAUGGAGCAACAGACAAUCUCCAUCGCCAAGGCUGGUAUAAUGACAACCCUCAAUGCGAGGGUGUCAAUACUAGCAGCUGCCAACCCGGCAUUCGGUCGCUACAACAUCAAGAAAUCAGCAGAGGCCAACAUACAGCUGCCAGCGGCCCUCCUGUCGCGAUUCGACCUUCUCUGGCUGAUCAGGGACAAGUGUGACUCUGAGAACGAUCUGAGACUGGCCCAACACGUGACUUACGUCCAUCAGCACUCAGUCCAACCUCCUUCUCAGUUUGAACCUCUCGACAUGAAACUCAUGAGUCGCUACAUAGCGGCCUGUAAGAAGAGACAGCCCAUGGUCCCACAAGCACUGACUGACUACAUCGUAGGGACCUAUGUUGAUAUGAGGAGAGAGGCCAGAGCUAACAAGGGGGGAAUCAACCAGACCUUCACCUCAGCUAGAACUCUACUCUCUCUACUGAGGCUCUCCACUGCCCUCGCGAGGCUGAGAAUGGCCGAUGUCGUUGAGAGAGAAGACGUAAACGAAGCCAUGAGACUCAUGGAGAUGUCCAAACAGAGUCUCUAUGACGACGAACAGUCGUCGAGGAGUGUGCGUCCAAUUGAUGCCAUAUAUGGAGUCCUCCGGGAGAUGAGCGACCCGGACACUGUCAGGUUUGACGAGGCGCGACAGAGGAUCCUGGCCAAGGGCUACACACCGGACCAGUUUGAGCAAUGUCUGGAGGAAUAUGAGAGACUUAAUGUCUGGCACAUCAACCAGUCUCGCACUCGCAUCACGUUUGUCUAGAACAUUCUACAUACUCUCUCUAGACCAGCUAUACUGUGGACACACACACACACAUCACGUUUGUCUAGAACAUUCUACAUACUCUCUCUAGACCAGCUAUACUUUGGACACGGACACACACAUCCAGCGAACCUCGGUGGUGUAUUGCAUCUAAUACCACUUCAUACUUGUUUGUGGCAAUUUGCCUGUUAUUAGUGACACUACACU